CACGAGGCGUCCUGGACGGAGACGUGCAGCAGUGUGUCUCUGUCCUCCCUCUCUCUGCUCAGGGUGAGCUGUGCUCCUCUGGUUUAUUUUGAGGUGCUCUUAUCACAGCUGUUGUAUCUGUGGUGGCAGGCUGUCCGAGCCCCUCGACACUCUUCCUUUUCCCCCUCCAGCCCUUGGUCCUGGAAGUAACGAAAAUGGAGGCUUGUCAGAAGAGCAGCGCAGCACCCACGGGUCCCGAAGCGUCGCCAGGCGAGGACCGCCACAUCGACCUGACAGAGGACCUCGCCCAGCAGCUGGAGGACAUCAUUAGCACCUACCAGGCGGCCGAGAUCCCAGCUGAGCCCGAGGACGCCGAGGAGGUCACCGUCGCCAAAGAGGCGGAAACCCGCAAGGACCAGAAACUGGAGAAGAAGAUGCUCAAAAAUCUUGGGAAAGAAGCCAUGCUGCUGAUGCAGAGUCUGAAUAAACUCGACACUCCUGAACAGAAACUGGAGGCCAUCAUCAAGAAGCAUGCAGAGCUGUUGGAGGAGCAUCGCAGCGAUCAGAAACAGAUGAAGGUUCUGCAGAAGAAACUGCUCCAAGUGAUGAAGGAGAAGGACCAGCUGCAGAGCGAGCACAGCCGGGCUGUGCUGGCUCGCAGUAAACUGGAGGGGCUGUGCCGAGAGCUGCAGAGACACAACAAAACCUUAAAGGAGGAGACCCUGCAGCGCUGCAGAGAAGAUGACCUCAAGAGGAAAGAGAUCACCACCCACUUCCAGGGAACGCUGAGCGAGAUCCAGGCCCAGAUCGAGGAGCACAGCACCCGCAACACCAAGCUAUGUCAGGAGAACAGCGCUCUGGCAGAGAAGCUGAAGGGACUCAUUUCACAAUACGACCAGCGAGAGGCGAACCUGGAGAAGGUCUUCAAACACAGAGACCUGAAGGAGAAGCUGCUAGAAACCAAACUCACACAGGCCAACAUGUUCCUGAAGGAGGCCGAGGAGAAGCACAAACUGGAAAAAGAGCAUCUGCUAAAACAAGCCGCGGAAUAUAAAUUGCAAGUGAAGGUCAUGAAGGAGCAAGAGAUCGAUAUGAAAACCCAGCUCGAUAUGUACUCCAAGAAGUUUGAUGAAUUCCAGGGCACAGUAUCAAAGAGUAACAGCGUCUACAGCAGCUUCAAACAGGACAUGGACAAAAUGGCAAAGAAAAUGAAAAAGCUGGAGAAAGAGUGUCAGUCAUGGAAGACUCGCUUUGAUGGCUGCAACAAGAGCCUCAUCGACAUGGUGGCAGACAGAACAAUCAAGGAAAAGGAGUUUGAGCUUCUCACCAUCAAGAACCAGAAACUGGAGAGUCUGUGUCGGGCUUUGCAAGAGGAAAGGAAGAACCUGUAUGAGAAGGUGCAGGGAGCUGCAGACGCCAGCACUGCUGAACCAACAGAGAAGAAGAAGGAACCCGGGGCCCCGGAGACGCCUGAGGAGCCAAAGCAAGACCGUUCCGAGCAGAAUCCCACAGCCUCCGCCGAGACGCCGACACUCGCGACCCCACUGUCCCAGGAACUGGCCAAACUGAAGGCGGAGCAGGCCCUGCUGAAAGAGAUGGCCGGCUCUUUCACCGUCUCCCACAUUGCUCCCACGGAAACCAGCACCAGCCAAUCAAACGGACUCUCUGAGGGCGUCCAGGAGCCACAGGAGAACCACACGAACGAGGAGCAAGAGGUUCACGACGACGCGUACCAACAACAAAGAAACGUGGAGAUGGAAUCGGUUGAUUGAUGCUGAAACCACGUGUUUGUGUGAGAUUCUUCGCAAUAAAAACAAAACCGCUGUC